GCGAUUGUUCAUUCCGGACAUAGUGACAGAGAUCGCCUAACUCUAACAGAUUUGGUCAGAGAUGUCGUGGUAUUACGUGCGUACCUCAUGGAGCGACAAAAGAGAGGAAGAUCCAAUCACUGCACGAAAGCGACCCCGAAAGAGAAAUCGCGCAUUUUCAUAGUAAAAUACUCAGGGGUUUGUAAAUUCGACUCGCUUGCUAUUGUUCCUUUUUCCCAUUCCGAGCUGGGCAGCAUCCUGGAAAAAUGCGGGUCAUACUAUGCUUUUAGUAUACCGCCCGCCCUAACCCCUUCAGAAAGUUGAAGAUUGUAAUCGUAUUUUGUUGAAAAGAUAGUCUUCUACGCUUUCGAAACGGAAAAUAUGUCCUCCGGAAUUGGUGGUAGGUCCAAACCCACGCUGGCAAAGCCGACACUGUACGAAGUUCUCGGCGUGCCCUCGAACGCUACCCCUGUCGAGAUUAAGAAGGCCUACCACAAGCUUGCGUUGGAACUCCACCCGGACAAGCACGCAGCAUCAGACAGCGGCAUGGAUGGAAAGGAAGCAACCCAGAAGUUUCAAGUUUUGCAGGAGUCGUAUGCGAUUUUGUCAGACUCAGUGAAGCGAAGAGACUAUGACGACUUCGGUACCUGCUCCUCGGACGACCUGUCAGAGCAUUUGUUCGCGAAAUACGCCCAUCUAAUAAGACCGAGUUUCGAUGCCCAAGACAUCGACAGCUACGUUUCAGGCUACCUUGGGUCGGUGCAGGAAGUAGAGGAUCUGCGCCAAGUCGUGGCGAAGGGCGACGUAGUGAUUUUAAGCCUACCUUGGAUACUGUAAUUUUUUGGAAACGCUAAUUCCUAGUAGAGUUCGAAAAGAAUAAGCAGAUGCGGAUCUGACACCAAAAACUAGGUCACUUCCUACCAUGGGACUUCGACUCUUUCACUAACAAACCAGUGCCAUUCACUACACACCAAACGCACAGUUACUGCACCUCUUCGACGAAAUGAUUGGGGCAGAGCCGGACGAUGUCGAGCGAUACAUCAACAUACUACGUCGAGAAUCGUUGCUGCCUUCAGAGGAGACGGCAGCCAAGCUCCGUCGGAAAGCAAAGGCAGUGGCGCGACGGAAUGCUAAAGAGGCGGAGGAGGUUGUGGCUGCAAGAGCUGCUGCGUCAGCGAGUUCACACAAGGCGCCAGCGACGCCGAAAGCGCUGACGGGAGCGUCGUCUUCUUCCUCCUCUACGACGGGUACUGGAGCGCAAAAAAGUUCGCGCAUUGCGGCCAGCGGACUUUCGGACCUAGCAGCGAUAAUCGCGCAGCGACAAGCGGGAAGACAGCAGGGUAUAGCAGGUCUGAGCCCGGAGGGGCCGCUCGCACACGCGAUGAGAGAGGCAGAGACAGGAGAAUCACCUAGCGGAGGACGUGGAAGCAAAACUGUCGCGAAGAAGUCUGCAAAAGCAGCCUCAGCGCCGAAAAAAACCGCCAAGGCAUCGCCAAAGACUACUUCGAUGAAAAAGACAGCUGCUGUCGGUGUCAAAAAAUAAUGAGCUUUUCUGUUUUCUCUGCGGUCAUCAGGAAAGUUGAUAACAGGGACGCGUGCAUGCCUGCAGAUUUUGGUUACAGCAUACGUCAUUAUUCAUGGCACGGCAUCCGAUGAGUGUCUAUUCUUUUGAUCGGACUUGCACAACCAUCUGGUAGAAGGUGACUCCCCAUUCGUUUAUCCAUCCGAGCCUCAUGAAGAAAACCUACUUCCUCGGCCAAACAAAAACAUCGUUUUGCAAGAGUACGCCUCUGGACUUCGCAUAGGCGUGAACACACAUAACGAAAGCUGACCCGGGUGUCACGAAGAGCAACCCGAACUAUAACAAAUCCUAGCCGAGGCCUUGUGCU